AUGAGCCGGCUUCAACACCCAACAUUAGGUACCAUCGAAGGCCUAGCCAGUGGAAAUGUCACGCAAUUCCUUGGUAUCAAAUUUGGGACACCAAAGCUGUACAAUGGCCAGGCAUCCUCAGGUCUUGUUAAUGCCAAAUCAGUGGGACCCGCUGCCAUUGGCAUUCCGAAUGGCUGUCAACUCGAGCAUGGCCUGAUCCAGCAUAGCCUACCAAUCCCCGACUUCCCACCAGAGUCAGAUAUUGAGUGUCUCAACCUCUCAGUCACCGUUCCAUGUGAUAGAGUAAGAUCAGGAAAGAAACUGCCCGUCUUUGUUUUCAUUCAUGGCGGUGGCUUGGCCUUUGGUUCUGGGACAUGGCCGCAAUAUGACCAAGCCAAGAUCGUUCGUCGGUCAGUCGAGUUGCAACUCCCCAUAAUUGGGGUGGUGAUCAAUUACCGUACAAAUAUAUUUGGUUUUCUGACUUCAGAGGAGUUACGCAAAGCAGGCUUCAAGGCCAACAACGGUCUUCGGGACCAGAAGGUCGCAUUCGAGUGGGUUAGAGCGCACAUUGAAGGAUUUGGAGGUGAUCCCGAUCAAGUCACUGCUAUCGGGCAGAGCGCCGGAGGAGUUUCUGUCACUAGUCUCCUUCAAUGCUCAGAAAAGCUCUUCCAGCGGAUGGUCGUUCUAUCCGGAUCCUGUCUUCUUCGUAGACCAGUAUCAUUGGACGCUUAUGAACAGUUUUAUCAGGAGUUCUGCAAAGCACAAGGCUUUGGAGACAUCUCUGGAGAAGAGAGACUACGAGCCAUCGAGGACCGAGACAGCCUCGAACUGCUUCUCAAAACGCCCCCUUCCGUACCUUCGCUCCCAGCAUUGGACCAUGACCUAUUGAAAGAGCAGAUCAGUUUCGAGAAAGCCAAGGACUGGUCAAAUGCACAACAACCCCGACUGCCUGGACUAGAAUGGUGCAAAGAAAUCGUGUUUGGCGAUUGUGAAUAUGAUGCUAGUGUGUUCUUGCGUUCCCUGACUGCACGGGGUUCGAAGAUCGCGCAACAGCUCUCGAACUCACUCAAUCGUGCCAUUCCGGGCAAGCAGCUAGCCAUCGCCGCCUUGCUUGACGAUUACGGUAUAUCCAAUGCUGUGGAUGACGGCUCAGCGUGCCUUGCAAUUUCACACCUCGCCAACGACCUCUCAUUCUAUCUUCCCUGCGAUGUAUUCGCACAAUUCUUCCCGGGAACAAAAUACAUUUAUCAUCUGAACGAACCCAAUCCAUGGGACGGCCCAUUCAGAGGAAAGGCUGCGCACGCUGUGGAUGUCACGUUUCUCUUCAAGAACUUUGACCAAUUCCUUCCCCCAUGGACAAAGGCAGUGGCACAGGGGUUCGGUGACAAUAUUAUCAAAUUUGUCGCCGGCCAAGUGCCAUGGCAGGCGAGCUCAGGCGACAAUCGUGUGGCAUUAGUUUAUGGAAAUGACGCUAGAGGCGGGGAAUUACGCAAGGACGAGCCGCAAGGUGUCGGUAGGCGGGCAGCCUUGUUUCGGUAUGAAGAGUCCAUCGGCUUUGACGCGCUUCUGGAGGCUGUCAGCGAGUUCGUCGCUGGGAAGUAG